AUGACCUAUUUAAACGCGCCAAUGGGCUAUUUUGGUAACCCAAUGCCAGACACGAACAACUUGAUAGAUUAUUCCUACACAUAUCGUGAAAAUGGAUAUAUGAGUAGUCUGUCAUCCUCUUUACAGUCAUUUGCUCGAUCUCCUAUUAAUAAUGUCAUUUAUUCAUCUCAUAACAGUUCAAGUUAUUGCUGUUCAAAUAAUAAUCUGAGGGUUAGCAGCUACAAAUCUAUUCAUUAUGACCCAACACCUGAUGAUCGUUUUGCAACAUUCAAGUUAUUGAAACUCCCGACGGAAAUAAUUGUUAAAAUAACACAUGUUUUGGAUCAAAAUGAUUGUUUGAGUUUAUCGCAAUGUUGCUUAUAUCUUUAUACGAUUGUAAAGCCGAGAAUAUGGAAUUUCAUUAUUGUUGAUUUGAACUACAGCGAAUUUAAUAGAGAAAUGAUCAAUAUGGUAAAAUCCUAUAACCCGGACUAUUCUCCAACAUUCAUCAAAACGAGCUUCAGGCUCAGAUCUUUAUUUAAUAUUUUGAAAAAAAGCAGCUUACCAGCAUCAAAAAAAUCGGAUUACGAAACAAAUCAUAUCAAAGAAGAAUCUUACGAGAAAUUGAUUAAAAGAUUUCAUUUGAUCAAUAUUCCUCAAGAUUUUUUGGAUUACGAACUUAAAGGCUUUAUUAGUUCUGGAGUUUUCAAGUAUUUGCCUGAACUUGAAGAUAUAAUUUUCAAUAUCAAGCUUUCGUCAUUUCCGUUGUCUAACUAUGCCAACAACUUCAAAUCUCAAACUAUUAAAUCCCUAUCGAUAUCCCUUGACUUAGCCAGUGACGAUGUAUCAACGUAUACUACUCCUGGUCUUGCCCGAUCAGAGUAUGAGGGAUUAUUUCCAUUUCAACAGUUGGAAAAGCUAUCAUUGUCUUUAAAUUUUGAUAACAACCACCACAAUAGUUUGAUUCUAUAUUAUGUAAUCAAAAGUUUGGUAGCAUCUGGCAAUAAUUUUAAAACUUUCAAAGUACUUGAGGUUCACAAUAACUCCAAUCUAUUCAAUUCUGAUACCACUUUGUCAAAUAUUUUAAUCAACAAUCAACCGAGAAUCUCGAAUGAUAGCGAUAAUUUGAUAGAUGUUCAUAUUUUGACAAACCUUUUCGCGCCUAUUAUUGAAAGUAACUUGACAAUGGAAAGCUUAGUGAAAUUAAGUUUAAGCGGGUUUCUAGUGAUUCCUAGUCAAGCUUAUUUAUUGUUGAAUUGUAUCAAUUUAAGUAACUUGAGAAUUCUCAAAUUGUUGAACUUAGCAGAGUUUCAGUGUGUUAAUAGUGUCGUUCCAAACUCUAAUGAUUAUUUCACAAACAAUCGUGAUGUAUUAUUGUCCAAGUUAAAACCAGGAUUUUUGGAUAUAUUAUCACGAGGAUCCACUAAAAAUUCAAAGAUAGAGGGAAAUAAACUAAUUAACCUUUUAGAUUUGGAGGUGGAUUACAAAGAAUGCUUGAAGGAUUCUGUGUUGUCCUUUGUUUCUAGGCUUCCAAUAAAAUCUAAAUUGCAAAAUUUGGUGAUUACCAUUCGUUGGAACAUGAAAGCCUGUAGAUCAACUACUGAUUUGCUGAGCUAUGCUAAUGAUUUAUUGGAUAUUUUAUCUAAUGGAUUCAAAAAAUUGAAUAAGUUAUCUCUAGAUAUCAAACGGGAAAUAAAAACAUCAUUCAAUAUCAAUGCCAUAACAAAUAAUAUGGUUGAAAGAGAAUUGGUGGAUAAAAACGCUUUUCUAAAGCAUUUAAGAUUGUUCAAACAGUUGACAAGCCUUCGAAUUUUUUGCCAUUCACUUGAUGAUUCUUUUAUACAUCACUUACUAACCAAUGAUAAUAUUUCAUUAUCUAAUCUUCAAUGUCUUGAUAUCUUUGGUCCUGGUGCUGGAGGGAAACCUAAUAUGGCUUUGCAAGUGACUCAUGUUGGCAUAUAUGAUGACUGGUUCAAAGUCCAGCAUAUUGCCGUUCAUCUUUCAAAGAAAAAUCUCGUUAACUUGAAAUUUAUCCGCAUAAAUAAUUGUUUGUUUGAGGUCAAACGAGUGCUCACGAAAGAUAUGAUGCAUGGUAACAAUAACUAUUGGCAGGAUAUUGAGAUUGUUCCAAGGGAAGCCUGUGAUGAUUGGUUUGAUAAUACCGUGAAAAGCAAGUAUAGGUUCUUUGACAUAUGA